AUGCGAUAUUCCCUAUUAUUUUUCAUUUUUCUGCCCUGUGUGAUAACUGCUGUUGAUCUCAUACACCUUCAUGAUGGCUCACCGUUAUUUGGCGAGGAAGUACUAUCUCAGACUGGAAAACCGCUCACGAGGUUUCUAGGCAUUCCAUUUGCAGAACCACCCAUAGGAAACCUGAGAUUUCGAAAACCAAAACCCAAACAACCAUGGCGAAUUCCAUUCAAUGCAACCACUCCGCCGAACAGUUGCAUUCAAAGUGAAGACACCUACUUUGGAGAUUUCUAUGGAUCGACCAUGUGGAAUCCGAACACGAAACUUUCCGAAGACUGUUUGUAUCUAAACGUGUACGUGCCUGGAAAAGUUGAUCCAAACAAAAAGCUAGCGGUGAUGAUUUGGGUGUAUGGAGGUGGAUUUUGGUCUGGUACAUCAACGCUGGAUGUCUAUGAUGGAAGGAUAUUAACGGUGGAAGAAAACGUCAUUUUGGUUGCCAUGAACUACCGUGUUUCAAUUUUCGGGUUUCUCUACAUGAAUCGAUCUGAAGCACCCGGCAACAUGGGAAUGUGGGAUCAACUAUUGGCUAUGAAAUGGGUCCACAAGAAUAUUGACCUUUUCGGUGGUGAUACGAGCAGGAUAACACUUUUUGGAGAAUCAGCAGGUGCUGCGUCAGUCAGCAUUCAUAUGUUAAGCCAGAAAAGUGCACCGUACUUUCAUCGAGCUAUCAUUCAAUCUGGCUCAGCAACCUCACCAUGGGCAAUUGAGCCACGAGAUGUUGCUCUGGCAAGAGCGGUGAUCCUCUACAAUGCGAUGAAAUGCGGAAAUAUGUCACUUAUAAGUCCUGACUACGAUCGAAUAUUGGAUUGCUUCCAGAGAGCAGACGCGGACGCAUUACGUGAAAAUGAGUGGGCACCUGUUCGUGAAUUCGGGGAUUUUCCUUGGGUGCCAGUGGUUGAUGGUGAUUUCUUGCUCGAAAAUGCGCAAACGUCUCUCAAACAAGGAAACUUCAAGAAAACUCAACUCUUGGCUGGAAGCAAUCGAGAUGAGAGUAUCUACUUUUUAACUUACCAGCUUCCGGACAUUUUCCCUGUUGCUGACUUUUUCUCCAAGUCGGAAUUCAUCAAAGAUCGACAAACAUGGAUCAAAGGAGUUAAAGAUCUUCUGCCGAGACAGAUUUUGAAAUGUCAGCUUACGCUGGCUGCGGUACUGCAUGAAUAUGAACCACAAGAUCUACCGAUUUCGGCUCAAAACUGGUUGAAUGCAAUGGAUAAGAUGCUCGGAGACUAUCAUUUCACAUGUAGUGUGAAUGAAAUGGCAUUGGCACACACAAAACAUGGUGGCGAUACUUUUUACUACUAUUUCACACAUAGAGCUACCCAACAAACUUGGCCAGAAUGGAUGGGUGUCCUGCACGGUUAUGAGAUUAACUUCAUUUUUGGAGAACCAUUUAAUCAAAAACGAUUCAACUAUACGGACGAAGAAAGAGAGUUGAGCAAUCGGUUUAUGAGAUACUGGGCGAACUUUGCAAAAACUGGAGACCCCAACAAAAACGAAGACGGCUCCUUCACUCAGGACAUUUGGCCGAAAUAUAACUCGGUGUCUAUGGAAUAUAUGAAUAUGACUGUUGAGUCUUCAUAUCCAGGCCAAAACCGGAUAGGGCACGGUCCGCGGAGAAAAGAAUGCGCAUUCUGGAAAGCAUACUUGCCGAAUUUGAUGGCUGCAGUAGCGGAUGUUGGAGAUCCCUACUUGGUUUGGAAACAACAAAUGGAUAAAUGGCAAAACGAGUACAUUACCGAUUGGCAGUAUCAUUUUGAACAAUAUAAACGAUACCAAACAUAUAGGCAAUCUGAUAGCGAAACUUGCGGCGGAUAA